CACCUCACCAGUAUGGGAAUUAUCUCACAAGAAACCCAUGAGCCAGCAAGGACUUCACAACAAUCCUCGCACUCGAGAUUUGGUCCUGGUUCCCGAGAUUAUAGGAAGAACAGAGGGUAGUGACACUGGGAGAAAAGGAGAGCGGGAGAGAGGGAGAGAGAGAGGCUCUACACUUCAUCCACAGCUGAUGCAGCCUCAGACUUUUGCUCAAAGCUACACACAGACUGGACUAAGGGCUCCUACUCCCUCCAGAAGACCAUGGCCUCAACUGCUUCUUUUAAAGGCACAGGCCUCCUGUUGUUCUUACUACUCGGACUGCAGCCAUCGUCAUUUGUUUCAGGACAAAUCAUAAACUCAAGUUCCUUUUCAACCACCGAUGCUGCAACCACGGUGGCUGCAACAGCAACUGUGAUGUCAACUGAAAUGAGUACUGUCUCUGCAGCAACUAUGAUGGCAGCUCCCACAGCUCAAGAUGCUGCUAAUAAGGCUACCUCUACCUCCAAUUCGUCCAAUAUAGGUUCAAUGACAACAGCCAUGACCUCCACUUCAAGCAGUGUAACCAUUGACAACUCAGGGAAUACAAUGGCGGGUAGUGGAACCACGAGCACGGACAAUACCACUUCAUGGGGCACCAUUGGCAUGACCAUGAUAUCCUGUCGCCAGUUCUCCUGUAACUACUCAGACUGCUACAGUGUGUACAUGAAUAUAACUGCUUUUUCAUGCGGUGCUAAUAUCACCUUCUGUGAGCUGAGGAGACAGGAAAACAUGACUUACACCGGUGGCUGCAUUGCCUCCUGCAGUAAUGCCUGUGUCAACGACACUCAGACCAACUGUACCAUGGGAUGCUGCAACUCCACUGGCUGUCUUAGCUCUACCCUGGCCUCCAUGGAUCUCACAAACACUACAACAGUGACUACAGUGAUGAUGACCACCAACACAACAGAAGCAGCAGCCACCACUACAACUGCUGAACCAACCAAUAAACUUAAGAAGUGCCAGAUGUUUCAGUGCAUGGAGCAGAACUGUUACAAGACUUGGAUAACCGAAGAUCCAAUGCCUUGUCCCCUCAACCAGCCCUACUGUGAGCUGAAAAAGAUGACAACUGGUUCAAUAACAAUGUGGAUGGGAGGCUGCAAUGCCGACUGCACAAGAAACACCUGGUGUACGACCACAGCAGAUACAUGCCACCAAGAGUGCUGCAACACCUCCAUGACCUCCUGCCUCAAGCUGGAUGGUACUCUGAACGUUCCUUCUUCUGCCACUAGAGAUCCUCACUUCCCUUUAGCAUUGGUCACUGCUGCUCUGCUGGCUUGUCUGCUCAGCAUUGGUUCUCUGGUUUAAACAAAUACCUUGACUUGUCCAUUGCAAAAUGGUUUAAAACGGUUUCCCGUUGUGUGACCUAAUGAACACAACUCUGAUGUGUCGACCCACUGAGCCAUUGCUUGAAUAUUAAACAACGGUAGUAGUUAGCACAGCAAAACCUGGUUUCCAUUCCACAUGAAUACUAUACUGGUUGUAGGUCUAGCCUACUCUGUUUUUGUUUGUUUGUUUGUGUAUGAGAUGUAUUGAGAUACUAUAUAUGAGGGCUCAUAUGUGCUUUUGAGAGAUUUAGGUGAUUUAAGUGAUAAUGAUUCCCCUGUGUGAGUCCAAACCAAAUGGGUUUAAAGGGUAUUAUUGAAGAAUAUGAGGAUUAAUAUGGCUGCAGAAAGCUAUUCGAUCAUACCAUCAUACCCAUUUAUAAAUCAGUAAUGCCCAAAACAUAAUACAUGGAAGAUGAUAGCUAUUUACGAUCAAACAUGAUUGACCUAGUAUAUGGUAUGGUAAUUAAUUAUCAGCUUUUUUAUACUUAUUGAGAAUUGUGUAAGAUUAAGUUUACAAUUAUGACAUUUUCAUAAAUGUCCUCAUUUUUUAGGCACACUGUUAUUUUAUUUCACCAGUGGUUUGCAUGAUGACUUGCAUGUUUUCUUUGAUUUUGCACUUGCAAAGACCUAGCCUGGUUUCAGAUCUGGUUGUGCUCUUGCUAACUCAAUUUCUCAUUGACAAACCAAACAUGCCCAGGACAAGGAGUUGGCAUGAUAGCACAAACAGACUGGGACUCAGGCUAAAGACUUUCUCCAAUACAAAAGCAAACACCUGUUCUUUACAGAUAUUGCAUAAUAACUCAGUUAUUACCUAGUCCUAUGUAGCAUAUUGUGAAGGAAAGCUUGACGAUUUAUGCACUUAUUUAUGGGCUAUAGAAGGUGUAAUUCAUACCUGUGAAUGUAGUCAUACACUGUACAACUGUAAUGUGUAUUUUACUCCUUUUAUUAUUUAGCUGUAUUCUUAUUUAUAAUUCACCAUCAUAACAAUGUGGAAAUUGAUUUAUAUGGGUUAUAAAACUGUCAAAGCGUAUAUUUUGGCAGUAGUUUAAUGGAAAGUUGACAUACAACACCUGAUAUGUCAUAUCUAAUAUUUGGAGAAAAGUUACUCGAAUAAAUGUGUCAUGUUGGAUACUUUAUACAUUGUGUAUAUUGUACAAACUGUAACAACUGCUUUUAAAGUCAUAUAAAUAUAAAUUCAAUAAA